CAUUGAGACAGGGAAAAUUCCCGAUAAGAAAAUAGAAAACUAGCGGAUAAGUGGGACAAAAAUAUCUAAAGUAACGCAUAACGGUUUCUUUAAUUAGAUACGUCAAGCUAUCCUUCCGACCAUAAACACGGUAACAACUUAGUUUAAAUCUAUCACUUAACAUCGACACACAAGCAUUUGAUAAAUGAGAUGAUUUUUCCUAAAGUAGCAGUUUUUGUUUUACAUGUUUUGUGUAUUGACGCUAAAAAAUGGUAUUUGGUUAAAGACAACAGUGAUUUUCAAAAACUCAAUCAAAUGGAACCUCAAGGCAGCGUUGAAAGUGAUAACACAGAACACUAUAUUCCAUUGAUUACAGAACGAAGACAUAAUAGAAGAGAAGAAUACAAAUAUUUCUCUGCAGAUGAUCAGGAAUUCAGGCCGUCUGAUCCAUUGCAAAUAUCUUAUCUAAUGAAAAGAGGUCAGAAAACGAAAGAUGUUGUAGAUGACCUUAACUCUAAUUAUAAACCAUCGGAAGUAAGGAAUAAAAUUAUAAAUUCUAAUAUUGUUCACAUAAACAAACCAAGACGUUUUUUACGGAGACGAUGUCCACAAAUAACGAGGAAACCAAAACAUUUGAAUUCAAAUACAACAGCUGAAGGCCGAUUUUUGGAGGUGUUCGAGGUGGUCCAAUUUGACCACGUUUCUUGCAAAUCGAAUACUGGGUUGGAUGGUACCUGCUUGCAUGAAUAUGAUUGUGAGAAGAGUGGUGGAACACCAAUGGGACCGUGCGCAGAUGGAUAUGGCACUUGUUGCGUGACCCUUUUUAAUUGCGAAGGCCGCUCUUCAGCAGCGGUUGGAUGGUUUAAUAAUCCUGGAUACCCAUCACCGAGUUCAGACAGGCUGUCCUGUACGUUUACAUUGGAUAAAUUUUCCGCAGACAUUAAGCAAGUACGAUUGGACUUUAUACAUUUUGAACUUUUACCACCUACAGAUGGACUUUGCGAACUGGAUCAAUUUCAAGUGUUGGGACAGAAUGUGAACAAUUUUAUACCAAUUCUAUGUGGAAUCAAUUCAGGACAACAUGUGUACAUAGAAGUUUCAGAUGGUCCAUUAAUUUUGUCUAUGCAGACUGUUACGGAGGAAAAUAGAAUCUUUUCGAUUAAGAUAACGCAAUUAGCACCGUCCGACGAUUUAGCAGCCCCGACAGGAUGUCUGCAAUUCUUCAAGGAAGACCACGGUCAUAUAGAGUCGUUUAACCAUCGAGAGAGGUCCGAAAUUGGAAUCGCAAGGACGCCAAGUUAUCUUAGUAAUCUCAAUUAUGCCAUGUGCAUAGAAAGAGCAACAGCAUCCUGCAGCAUUACAUACACAAACGUCGGGGAAAUGCAAAUAGUCAACUAUGAUACCGAUGGUUUACCUGUAAUACCACCCCAGCAAGCAGGAGUUGAAAUUCUCAACUGCCCUAGCGACUGGUUAUUAAUAGCUGCUUUGAGGCUAUGCGGUGAACGACUCAAUGAUGGUUCAGUUAUUCAGGAUUUUUCCUUGGAUGCGCCAGUAACAGAUGAUGCAGCAGGGCCCAUUGUGAUAUGGUUCAGAUCAGACGGAGUUUAUACCGGACGUGGAUUUCGAUUUUACUAUCAACAAAACUCUUGUACCACUUAACACUAAGAUAAAUAAAUAAUAAUAAUAAAUAAAUCUUUUAUUGUUUCACCAUAAAAUUACAACCAAGAAUUAGGUUAAG